AUAAACUAGGAGGAAGGCGAAAAAGGUAAGAGAAACAUGUAUACUAGUAUUAAAAUGCGGUCCCGUCUCGAGUCGUCUAUUCGUAUUCCCCGCAACCCCUUUCUGCAAAACAGGUUGGUCUGACCCUUAAUUAAACAAAUUGCUUUCUUCGGCUCUGCUACCGAUACAAUCACCGUCGUUUCCAUGGCCACCCCCGCGGAUCCUCAAGACCAACCAGACCCUAACGAAAACCCUAAUCCUGCUAUACCCCAGCAGCAAGAAGAAUCUUCUAAAACCCUAAUCUUAGAAACCCUUCAAGCACAAGACAAAUGCAAUGAUCAAGAAGACCCAAUCGAAGAAGAAGCUAACCAAGACGAUCCAGAUUUGCCUGUUCCCUCAUCUCCACCAAACACUGACCUCCAAGUCACCACCGCAACCACGGUCAGCGUUGGCCCUCGCCGUGGCGGCGGUACUAAACGCAAGAAGACGGCCACGAAACGGCGCGCUCAAGAGAAAAAGUCCCAGAAGAAGCUGGAGAUACUGACUGAAACCCUCAAACCCAUUCCUUUUAUCCCCAACAAAACCCUAGAUUUCUCAUCGCACGAAAAGCUCCUGAAGCGACUUGGGUUGUGGGAUUUUGUUCAUUUGGAUUUCGAUGGAAACGUGCGAAGCGAUUUGAUCGGGCAGUUGAUCGCCACUUACAACUCGCAAUCGCGUUGUAGCUACGUUAAUGGGUGUCGCAUUGGGGUUAAUCGGGCCGACUUAGCCCGUGCUUUGAAGUUGUCUGUGAAGAAAGAGAAGGACAAGGAUAGCAUUGUGGAAGUUAAAGAAUCAAAGGAAUCGAUAGGCUUCGUUGAAGAAUUUGUGUCAAAUUGGGUGCUUUUGCACGAAGAUACGUGGAUGAUGCCAGUGGAGGUGUUGAACUGGACCAAAAUGAUAAAAGAAGGCCAUUUCGAGAAGGUAGAUUGGGCUGGUUUGAUUUGGUUUAUGGUGGAGAAAGAGCUUAUGGCUGCCCCGAAAUUAGGGAAUUGUUACUAUGCGUCGCAUAUGCAGUGUUUGAUAAAAUUCCAGAGAGAAGAGUUGUUGCAGGAGGAACCAAAAAUGGAUGUUGAUGACGCCAAGGAGGAAGAGGAAGAGCCUAAUAUUCAUGGGGAUGUCAAGAUUGCUGCUGAUGGGAUUGAUGAAUUUAAUGGGGGAUCACACUUGGAGGAGCAUAAUAUUGAGUUGAGUCUUGGUGGGCAGGAUAAUUCGAUGAAUAAGGAUGAUGUUAAGGAUGAUGUUGAAAAGGAGGCUGUUGGGGAUGAUGAUGCUAUGAAUUGUGAGGAAAGUAAGAGGGAUGAACAUCAACAUUUGCAGUGGGAUUUGGAUGGAGACAGCUAUAUGGGUGUGGGUGAGGAUCAUUUCUUACGAAAGUGUAAUCUUGGUGAUGUUGGCGCUGUUGAUUUGGAUGAGGAAAAGAAAGAAGAUAAAAGAGAGGAAGAAGAGAGAGAAGAUGAGGAAGAGAUGGGAGAGGGGGAAGAGGGUCAAGAUGAAGAGGAAGAAGAGGAACAAGAACCACAUCAUGAGGAAGGAUUUCCUGUUUCACCAAAAGGUGACACUUUGGAGGGUGUAAAUUCAACAAAUCUUCUUGAAGCAAUGGAAACUCCAGAUCUUCCUUUUACAGCAGGGCUGCACGUUCGUGAUAGUUCAUCUGGGGAAUUUCUUGUGUCUAAGGGUGAUAGGCAGACGGUUCCUGGUGUCUCAUCAUUUCUGAGUAAUGGUAACAAGAGAGAGAUUGGUCAUGACAAUGAUUUUUCUCAUCAUUCUUUGAAUGGGAGCAAUAAACGGUUGAGAACUGAUGGGCAAUGGGUUGAUAAGUCAUCUGAUUUUGAUAUGUGCAUGGAGCAAAUGCAGCAUUGGAUUGGUAAAGCAAGAAUGUUGUAUGCUGCAAAAGAACAGGCAUGUGGAGAUUCGAGUAUGCAUCAACAAAUGUUGCUUGAUGAGUUGCAACGUAGGGAGAGCAUUAUCGAACAUUUGCAUAAGGCCAAGUAUGAAGAGCAGCAUAAGAGACAGGUGGAGGUUUAUAGGCUUGAGCGUGAGCUCUAUAUGAUGGAAAAUCUGUUAGAUGGAUACAGAAAGGCUUUGAAGGAAACAAACCGAGCUUUCGCUGAAUACAGGGCAUGUUGUCCGCUUCCUGAUGAACCACUUUACAAGGAUGUUAGCGGGUCUGGGGGGCUAGUUCUGAGCACUAUGGAACUUGAAAAGCAGCGCCUAAAACAAGAAGAAGAAGAGAGGCUUAACAGACUGUUGAUUGAGAAAAAGAUUAAGGACUUUGAAGAGGGGUGGAUUGGCAAAUUUGAUUUACAUGAGGAUGCAGUUUCUCUACUGGGUAAGAGAUUGAUUAAUGCUGAGAAGGAUGUGAAACUUCUCAAAGAGCGUUCUGCAAAUCUCAAGGUCUCAGAUGCUUUGGAAUGUGUUCCAAAUGAAUUGUGAAUGUAUAGUCCGUAAGUUGUUUUUAUGCUUUCUAUGCAAAUGAAAAACUGCUCUUAUUUGUAUGUUAAACAACAUGCUUCAUGUGCAGCAUCUGCUUUGUGCAUGAUAGAGUCCUUAAUUUUAAUUGGAUAUUUGCCUUGAAACCCUGAAAUAGUGACUGAGACCUUAGUGGAUUUUAGAAAAUAAUUUUUUUAAUAAUCCUAGAAAAAGUAGAAGUUUAUUGUGUGGUAAUUUGUCCACUUUCCUCGUUAAUUUUCUUGAUAGAUACCUAUACUAUGAUGAAUAUGAGGUUAUAUCCUGCCGUACUUGUAACCUGGUUAUAUGAACAAGAGCUGGAAAGUGGAUUGGUGUAGAAUAAAGUCUGUGUUUCCUUUUC